UUUUUGAGCCCAUCGCCAUCCAAGCAUAUGAAAAAUUUAUGCGCCUAUCGGGUUGGAAGAUUUCUGUAGAUCAAUGUGGAUUGGUUAUUGAUUCGCAAAAUUUUGUUUUGGGUGCCACUCCUGAUGGAAAAGUUUUUGAUGGCGCGUCUUUUGGAAUACUGGAGGUUAAAUGUAGUGAGCACUAUAAAGAUAUCGAUCCGAAAGAUGUUUGCUCUAUUUCGAAAGAACAAUGUAUCAUUUACAACAGUGAAUCAAAUACUGUACAUAUCAAUAAAAAUCAUACAUAUUAUAAUCAAGUUCAAAUGCAGCUAGCUCUUACAUGUCAAACUUGGUAUGACUUUGUUUUUUAUACUUCAAAAGGAAUGGUAAUUGAUAGAGUUCAAUUUGAUGCAGUGUAUUGGGAAAAGCUACAAUCAUCUAUUUUGUCAUUUUAUUUUAAGUACGUACAACCAGAAAUUGCAUCAAAAGAGAAAAAGUGAAAAACAGAA